AUGAUUAUGCAAAAACUUAAAUGGUUUUUUAUUAUGUUAUUUGGGUUUAUUCUUUUAAUUGCUGGGGCUUGCUUUCUUACCUUUUAUAAUACCUCUAAACCAUACCCCUGUUAUUCCAUUUGUUUUAACGCUUGCGAGACUUGCACUCAUUCUUAUUGUCAUGAUUUUUGUGCCGGUUAUAGUAAUAGUAAUUAUGAUGUCGCAUUUGCGCCAGGUAUCGCUUUCGUAUUUUUUGGUUCUAUUUUGGUUCUUUUAACCUGUCCAAUAACAGCUAGAAGAUUAAUUGUUGCUGACAUACCAGAACAAGAUUCCGAAGUAGAUCAAGAUAUUAGCAGUUGUUGGUUAAGACCAUUUAAGAAAUUCAUGAAUAAUAGGGAUAACGCUGAUGUAGAACCUGCUGAAGUAGCUGAUGAAGUAAAUAUUGAAUCAAGCAAUUCGACAGAACUUCAAGCUCAAAUCCGAGAACUUACUGAACGAUUAAAUCGAGUUGAAAAUGGACAACAUAUAGAAAUAAGAGAAAAUAGUGCUCACGAAAUAAUUUAUUUAAAACCAAGGAGAGGAUAA